UCUUUGAGGGGCGGGGGGAACAGGCGGGCAGGGUGUGUACCAGCUAAGUGCUCUGCCCUGCUGGAGGCGCCCUCGAGCUAUGGGCUGACCCGCCACUUCUUCCUCCCACAGCAAGAGUACUGGAGGCUGGUAGAAGAGAAAGACUGCCACGUGGCCGUGCACUGUGGCAAGGUGGACACCAACACGCACGGCAGUGGGUUUCCGGUAGGGAAAUCCGAGCCGUUCUCAAGGCAUGGAUGGAACCUCACCGUCCUCCCCAAUAACACAGGGUCCAUCCUGCGUCACCUCGGUGCUGUGCCUGGAGUGACUAUUCCCUGGCUCAACAUCGGCAUGGUCUUCUCUACCUCAUGCUGGUCUCGAGACCAGAAUCACCUUCCGUACAUUGACUACUUACACACUGGUGCUGAUUGCAUUUGGUAUUGCAUUCCUGCUGAAGAGGAGAACAAGCUGGAGGGCGUGGUCCACACCCUGCUGCAAGCCAACGGCACCCCUGGGCUGCAGAUGCUGGAGAGCAACGUCAUGAUCUCGCCAGAGGUGCUUUGCAGAGAGGGCAUCAAGGUGCACAGGACGGUGCAGCAGAGUGGCCAGUUUGUUGUCUGCUUCCCGGGCUCCUUUGUGUCCAAAGUGUGCUGUGGCUACAGCGUGUCCGAAACGGUGCACUUUGCCACCACUCAGUGGACAAGUAUGGGCUUCGAGACUGCCAAGGAAAUGAAACGUCGCCACAUAGCCAAGCCAUUCUCCAUGGAGAAGCUGCUGUACCAGAUCGCACAAGCAGAAGCCAAGAAGGAAAACGGCCCCACUCUGAGCACCAUCUCGGCCCUGCUGGACGAGCUCAGGGACACGGAGCUGCGGCAGCGCAGGCAGCUGUUUGAGGCAGGCCUCCACUCGUCCGCGCGCUACGGCAGCCAUGACGGCAACAGUGCCGUCGCGGAUGGCAAGAAAAAGCCUCGAAAGUGGUUGCAGCUGGAGACGUCGGAGCGGCGCUGCCAGAUCUGCCAGCACCUGUGCUACCUCUCCAUGGUGGUCCAGGAGAACGAGAACGUCGUCUUCUGCCUUGAGUGUGCCCUGCGCCACGUGGAGAAGCAGAAGUCCUGUCGGGGUCUCAAGCUGAUGUACCGCUACGACGAGGAACAGAUCAUCAGCCUGGUCAACCAGAUCUGUGGCAAAGUGUCCGGGAAGAACGGCAGCAUUGAGAACUGUCUCAGCAAACCCACACCAAAAAGAGGCCCCCGCAAGAGAGCGACCGUGGCCGUGCCACCCUCCCGCCUGGCGGCCUGCAGCUCAUCCAAAAGUGCUGCGGGGGCAUCAUGAAGAUGCCAACACCAUGCUCGAUUUCUAUAUAUUUUUUGUAAUUAUAUUCUAGUUUGGAGUACUUGCUGUAGGAUACAAGCUGUCUUUGCACUAGCUCUAAAGAAGAUUUUCUUCUGGUUUUAGAGAACU